UUGAAUGACAUUGAGUCUUGCUUUUAAGCAAGCACUUUUGCACUGAAUGUCUUUUCAUCCAAAAGAAAGACUGUAAAGUGAUAGGUUGCAUUGCCUUAUUCAUUGCAUGACAAAGGGAAAGCUGUUGAAAUUGAAUAAAGGAUCCAUUUUCUAUUGUUUCUCAGUUUUCUGUUGGUUUUUGUUUUGAAAGGAAUUUUACAAAUGGACUUGAAUUGAGAUAGGCUGUGCUUUGUUUGUAAAAAAUAUUUUCAACUGAAAUAUUGUAAGAUUUUAUACAAACAUGGAUUUUAGUUUUUGAAGUUAAAACUUGUUGUGAAAUGACACUGUAAUAGAAAUGAGGCAUUUAUUGUGCAGUAGCGUGUUCAUUUGUUUGGAAUGGCAGUGACCUUUGACCUUUGUUGUGGGUAAAACCAUAUGAGCACUACACCCUACAGUAAAGAUGACCUGCUCCACAGUGCCUUAGAGCUCCCUCCAUAUGUGGCCUCAUUGCUUUUAAAGAUGAAGGAGUGACCAUAUCUCAGUAACCAUGACAACAGAAGAAAGUAUUGCCAUCAUGGCAACGCAGCAACGUAACCUUAGCAACCAGACAGAGUUGGUUAAUCAGCUCGACCCAGAUCCAGUGUUUGACUAUCUCCUACAGCAUCGAGCUCUGGACCAGGCCACUGUCGACAAAAUCAGGUGCGAGGAGAAGCUGCCCGAUCGCAACAUCAAGCUGCUAGAGCACCUAGAGCAGCUGGGUAACCCUGCAGUGGAGCUCCUGAUCAACGCGCUGCGGCAGUCUGGGCAGCUCCACCUGGCGAGUACACUUGAUGUUGAACACAGGAUCAAACCAGUCUAUGGGAAAGGCUACUGGGAGAAGCAGCGUUACAAGGGGCAGAUCACCGUCUCAUUCCAGCUGGUGGCCGCCAAGGUCAUGGUCAGAAAGGACUCUGACGAAGACAGGUCCCCGAAAAUAGUCGACAUCAAUGCCAUGCUGACACCAUUCAAAGUGAAACAUUCCUACGAAAACAUGACUCUCAUAGGGGAAGGAGAGAACGAACCAAAAGGGCGUAAGAUUCUGGAGUAUUCCUAUGAAGAGGAGGAGGACCAAGUUAAAUCUUGCUGGUGCUGUUUACCAUUUUGUUGUUCGUCCAAGUCCAAGAGGAAGAAAAAGAAUUCAGUUAAAAGUGCUGCAAUUUCGCUCAGUGAAUUACCUCCCCAAACUGGUGCUGAACUUAGGAAAAGUAGUUCCACAAAGUCUCUCAGUUUAUAUGACGUUAUGGUAUCCUUGCCUUCACAACCGUCUUCGCCUAUUAAGAGUGGGUCUACUUUUUUCAAGACAAAGAAGUUAUCUCCUAUAGUUGAUGUAAGUAGUGAUUUAGAAAGUCCCACAGAGACAACUGAUGAAGUGUUUGUACCAGCUUCUAAACUGCCGCUGAACAAUGUCACAGAAAAUGAGGAUCAGACUGUGAAUAAUAGUGUUAGAUGUGAGGAGGCAGAAGUAAGCUUUAAAAGCACAAAGUCAGAAAAAGUGGAAAAAACCCAAAGUAAAACUAAAGGAAAGAAAAAAUCCAAAAGUGAUUCAACUUUGAUGUCAAAAAAUCAGAGAAAUGGUAAAAAGACGACAGCUUCGGAUUCAACCAAUGACAUUGUGUUUGAUGAUAAAGAGAACACUGCUCCGUGUAUAUGGGAUAUUCAUAAAAAUGGUUAUGAAAAUGGGCACUCUCGAUUAACUCCACCAAAUACUCUUGAAACUACACCUAAAAAUGCAAUGAAACGAUCCGAAACUUACGAGCUAGUGGAAAGAUGGAAGAGCGAAGGUAUUGCAUAUCAAACUGCUCGGGACCAAUUUUUUUCAUAUUUCGACACUGUCACACAGGGUCGGAUUAUUCGAUACUUUGAACAAAAGAGGAGUACGCUGGUUCUGCAAGUGAAUUUAGACGAUAAAAUGGCAGUUAGUACGAUUAGUAUGACUUUGAAGGAAUUGAAACGAUUACGAGAGGAUUACGAGAUGGGAAUUCUGCAUGAGGAGUUGGUGAAAUGCGUGAGACCACAAGACAUAGUUGAUAAAAUGGAGUGUUGUGCAAUUCACUUACGAACUGUGAUAAGUGAAGAAGAUUUCACACUCUCUUUUCAAGAAUUAUCAUAAAAGUGGCUUUUAAAGUUUUCUAGUGUUCUAGUUGAGAUAACGAAAUUGUCUGACUGUGUUUUAUAAGUUCUUAUAAUAUAUUUAUGUUUUGGCUUUGUUUUUGAUUUGCCAAGCAUUAUAAUUUGCUUGCAUGAGAUUUUUUUAACUAUGAUGAUAUGAAACAUUUAAGCUAAUCUGUUUCUUACUAUUUUGUUUACCUUUUUAUUUUUAUGGAAUAAAUAGU